UGAUGAAAAAGCGCGUGAUCGCAUCUGUCAGACUUCAUCAAGGGUCUCCAGGGUCGAUCAGCGGAAACCAGCGUGCGCUUCUCGUUACCUUUGAUCCGGGUCACGACAGAGCAGCAGCGCGACUGAACGCACGGGAUGAGCGGAGGAUGACGCGGUGCGUGCGCACGGGGAUCCAGGUCAGAGCCGUUAUAAUAGAAGCUCUUUUGUUGGCGCUCUCUGGCCCAGAUCGGUUUCAUCUAAUAGUGGGUCUCUCUGUAAUCGACCACACCGUCAAAUUCGGUUUCUUCCCGCAAACAUUUCUUCAGAAGAAGCUGCGUCUGAUUUCAGCCGCGUUUCGCAGUCCACCGCACGCAGAUUCCGCGUUGCGCGCAUUCUUCUGUUUGCACAUCCGUUAUACGAGUCUGUGCUCAACAAAGGGCCGUCCAUAAAGAGCCUUUGACCAGUGAAACCCGAGAUCCUAAAAGCUCGCUGGAGGCCGAGGUAAAGCGCACUGGAGCUUCACAUCUGACCACGGCGCGAGGAGCAGCGCGGAGACGCAGCGCGAACGCAUGCUUGGUGAAGUUUGGCGCAGCGUUUCUUGGCACCGUCGUUUUUCCAGAAGCUCGCAGAUGAAUGAAACUCAAUCCGCGUUAAUCUGCCGCGCUCUGUAGGAGGUAUAUAGCGGCGAUGGACGCGCACUGAGCAUGUCCGCGGCGCGGCGCGCAUCACUCCCUGAUCGACGACACCAUGGUGGAGCACAGCGGCCUGGACAUCGUGUGUCUGAACAAAUACAGCCCCGCUUCCUCCUCUUCCUCCUCCUCCUCCUCCUCCUCGAACGCGGAGAAGAAACUUUUCUCCAAGCUCAAGGUGAGUUUGACCAAGAAGUACCCGCAGAAGAACGCGGAGACGCUGAGCGCGCAGUACGGAACCAACCUGCUGCUGAUCGGCGUGUCCGUGAUGCUCGCGCUCGCCCAGCACGGUCCCGCGGUGAAGAAGGAGCACCUGCUGGCCUUCAUCACGGCUCUGAUGCUCGUGCAGCUCGUGUGGAUGCUCUGCUACAUGAUCCGGAGGGAACGGGAGCGCGGACCGGUGCCGGAGAGGGACGCGCACGCGGGCACCAGCUGGAUCCGAGGGGGGCUGACGAUGCUGGCGUUGCUGUCGCUCAUCAUGGACGCGUUCCGCAUCGGAUAUUUCGUCGGAUAUCAUUCGUGCAUCUCCGCCGUGCUCGGAGUCUAUCCUAUCGUGCACGCGCUGCACACCAUAUCUCAGGUGCAUUUCCUCUGGUUCCACAUCAAAGAUGUCAUCAAGAAAUAUGAAACGUUUGAAAGGUUUGGAGUGAUUCACGCUGUCUUCACUAAUCUGCUGCUGUGGUGUAAUGGAGUGAUGUCAGAAGCUGAGCAUUUUCUCAACAACCACAGGAGACGCCUGACUGCGCUGGGAUAUGCCAAUCUCUCCACAGUGGAAGCGGAGCCGCACUGUAACUGCACCACCAGCGUCUGCUCCAUGUUCUCCACCAGCCUCUACUACCUGUACCCCUUCAACAUCGAGUACCACAUCUUCGUCUCGGCCAUGCUGUUGGUGAUGUGGAAGAACAUCGGCCGCACGCUGGACCUCCACAGCAACCGCAAGCGUCCCAGCACAAGGAGCCCAGGUCUGCUGCUCGGCCCCAUGCUGGGUCUGCUGGGGCUGGCCUGCUCCGUCACCAUGCUGGUGGUGUACCUGAUGCAGGUGGAGAACUCAUAGUGUUCUCCGCAGGCCGCCGUCUCCAUGUUCUACUGCUACGGCGUGGUGAUGCUGAGCUGCAUGUGUGUGGCGAGCGGAGCCGGGCUGCUGGUGUACCGUCUGGAGGCCUGGCCCAUGGACACGGGUUCGAACCCGUCGCGUGCGCUGGACACGGAGCUGCUGCUGGGCUCGUCGCUGGGCUCCUGGCUGAUGUCGUGGUGCAGUGUGGUGGCGGUGGCAGCAGCAGGGCCUGGCUCUCCAAGCUUCCGCUGGACAUGUCUGGUGUACUCACUGCUGCUGGUGCUGGAGAAGUGUGUGCAGAACCUGUUCAUUGUGGAGUCGCUGUACCGCAGACGCAGAGAUCCGGACGAACCGCUUGCAACCGAGGUGUUCUGUGUCAGGCCGCCGUAUGAUGGCAUCGUGAACCGCGGCUACGAGACGACCCUGGAGGGAGAGACGCCCGAGAGCAGAGCAGCCUUCAGCAGGAAGCAGACUGACGUCACACGUCCUGUGGGAAACCGGAUCAACGUGACGCCCGGGAGGAAGAGACAGAUCCUGAAGAACAUCACCAUCUUCCUCUUCAUGUGCAACAUCUCGCUGUGGAUUCUCCCGGCCUUCGGCUGCCGUCCGCAGUAUGACAGCGGUCUGGAGCAGGAGACCUUCGGGUACAGCGUCUGGACCACGGUGCUGAACCUGGCCAUCCCCAUGAACCUCUUCUACCGCAUGCACUCGGUGGCGUCGCUCUUCGAGGUCUUCAGGAAGGUUUGAGGGUGUGAGGAGGACUCUAUCUGGUGCUCACAAACACUGACAGACACACAAACACUGGUCUGAGGAAGCUCAUGCGUUCAGAACGACUGGGAUCGGAUCCGGUUCUCAUGGACUCCAUCGGCUCUUAAAGAUGCUCUCAAUAACUUGACAGACUAGAUGUUCUCAGGCCUGAAGAUUCUUCACACGCUCCUCAGUAAUGUUUACACACACACACACACACACACAUACACACACGUCUUCACUUGAUCAAGGAUGAUGUUCUCUUAUACCAAGUUCUCAAGUGGGUUAAAAUCCUGAGUGUUUUUAGUUCAACGUCUGAUUGGAAAAUCCUUGAAUCUUGCAGUCCAUUGAACAAACAUAUGGUGCAUAUUGUAAUUUUUAAUUGUUUAACUAUGCAAAUGCUCGUAUAAAUGAAGGAGAAAAUGGAGUAAAACCACCAACUAGUGGUGAUUUGAGUCUGAUCAAAUCUGCUGAACCGACAAAAAACAACUUUCUUGUUUUGUUUUUCAGUGCAAAUAUCUAAAAGUUCUCAAAUCACGAUGCAUUUAUUUCGAAAGGGAAAUUUUAUACGAUAUUAAGUGCUGGAUUCUGAAAUUUGUAUCAAAAUUGAGCGGGUUUCUUCUGCCAAUGUAGUCAGAAAAAUGAUCUUCUUAUUAUUCCCCUUUGAAUUAAAUGUAUUUUUUGUUCUUAAUUGAAUCAUGAAUUCGCUUGAUUAUGAUCACUUUGAUCACUUGAUAUCAGUCAUUGUUCUUCUCCAGUAAAUGUGUCUUGAUUUAAUUCAGAUAUUUUACUGGAAACAGUACUGAGGAGGAUCCUCAGUUUUUGCAGUGUGAUCAGAAGUAUAACUGAUCAUAAAACACAGCUAUAUUCAUUGCACUUGAGGAUUUUUCCAACUGUAAAACUUUGACAAAUCCAGCGACUCUUCUCAGAAAUGUUGGUUAUAACGGCCUGCUAACUCCUAAAGCAACGUGAAAACACACAAAAUGAAGAGCGACACACAAAUCACAUCACAGAGCUCCAGCUCUUUUUCAUGAUGAUCUUCAGAUCAUCUAGAUCUAUUCAGACAUGUAUUUAUAGCACAUCAUCUGUUGCAUA